AUGGAUGGAUUGAUGGAUGGUGGAUUUGGAGGUGGAGCACGCAUCGGCAGGGCUGGGCGAAAGAGUCUGGACUCACAAUUGGUUGUGAGAAAAACAUGGACCAGAGGGACGGCCUUCAACUCUCUCCAGGAUUAUUCCCAAGAAACUCCAGGAUUGACGGAUGGCCUCGAGUUUGUCCGGGUGAUUCCAACUGAUUGGCCCGCUGUCUGUCCGGAUCGACACCGGAAGGCGAUCCAUCUCAUCCUGUCUCUCUUUCUUUCUCACUUGACUGCUACUGUCCCAAGGAGGAUCAUUAUACUGGUGUUACUCAACAGCUAUUAUACUACCACUACCCACAACCUGCAAAGUUUCCAUCCAUCCAUCCAUCCAUCCAUCACAAAGAAGAAGAAGAAGAAGAAGAAGAAGAUUCUCCAACUCUCCCCCACACGAACCCUCCCAUGUGCCAUCCAUCCAAUCCACACAAUAUCCAAACCUUAUACAAAGCAAGCAAAGCAUAACCCGCAUCCUAGCGAUAAACUUCCCCCUCCCGACCGCACACAAGGAAUAAUUCAACAAACUCAGUUAAAAUUCUAUCCACGUCUAGAUCCCAGCCCCAAAAAGUCCCGCGGUUAA